UAAACGGCAUUUAUUGUUGGUGAGCAUCAAUGACACAUGGAUUUGUCGAAACGCCGUGCAUUUAGUUAAGUUAAACAUGUCUUUUAAAAUCGCGAAAGCGGAGUGUUUGGACUUCAGUCCAACAUUUGAUUCACAUUGUAGUCGCGAUAAACCUGGCAAGGAAAACAACACUACAAUUCCUGUGCUGAGUUUGCUUCAGUUUUCUAGGUCCCCUUUCGUGUCAUUUGGGACGAUCAAGUUGGGAUCAUCAAAAUCUCUGCCUUUACGAAUUGAAAAUCCUACCGAGGAUGCAACAACGACUGUCAUAGUGGAGAAAAUUUCAGCAUCCAAAGGCUUUUCUGUUGAUCAGGCGUCUUUUACAAUACAGCCCGAGGACAGCAUUAUUUUAACUGUCACUUGGACACCAGUGGAAGAAGGCGGAGUUCGAGAACUCCUCAGCUUUGUUGCAAAUGGUAUUGUCAAACAUCAAGCGAUAUUGCUUGGGAAAGCAGAGGCGACAAAAAAGAAAAAGAAAACCCUAUGGGAUUCAAUUAAAUCCAAGAAGGGGGUCCCGGCACCCUCAAAAGGGAAGAAAGUGGCUUUAAUGCCAAUAAAGGCUGCAAAUAAGACAUUUCACGUGUCUCGCCAGUCGCAAUACAGAAAAGAGAGAACGUCCAACCCAUUGUCGCCAUUGAAUCAUGAACGGUCUGCCUAUGGUUCCAGUGGCACUAGGGCGAAUGCUCCAUCCUCCACUCCUGAGAUGUCAAAACCGGCUUUUGUAACAGAAAAUUUUGAUGAUGUGCAUUUGCAAAGAAACUCGCCAGUGGUUGUCUUAGUACCAGCUGAGAGAUUGUUUGAAACACCUGGUAAAAAGGAUCUGCCAUGUUCACGUAAACCAGAGUGCAGAGAAAUUAAAAGGCUUUUGAAUAAAACGCUCUCUCCUGCUAGCACUCCAGAUAGGUUUGGAAACCCAUGCUUUCAGAGUCCACUUCCCGUGAUUGGACAAAAUGUGCAAGAUGAAAGUCGAGAGCUGGAGAAACCUUCUCUGUCUGUAAAAGAUGCUCUGGAUGUAAUAGGAUCAGAUCUAUCGUGUGCGGUGAGCCCACCUAAUGCUUGCUCAAGCUUUGAUUUUUCUGAUUCUCUCGAGUCUGAAAAAACAAAUCCAGUAACAUCAUUCAGAGCGACUGCUGUCAUUUCGCCACCAGUUGAAGUGGCUCACCCAAGGUUGACUUUCUGUGUGAAACCCAACCAAGUCAUGGGCGUUGAACCAAAUCACGACGUAUUUAGGCUCAAGGCAUUUCCCUUUAGCACCUCCACAGUGACCAAGUCGAAUAAAGUUGAUGACACCCUUGUUCCUGAUGGUCCCAAGAAGUUUCCUGUGAAUUCUACCACAGUGACCAAAAGCAAAGCAGAAGCCUCUGUCAAGAGUCCUGGCUUGCGUAAGAAGAAAACCUCCAGGCGUCGCCUCUUGGAGAAGACCAUGGAGCUCUCAGAACCUAGUAAUGCAGAAUCUAACACAAGUUCUCCUGACAGCAUGUCACUACCUGUCAUUAGCUCAGACUCAAGUCCAGAUGUGGCACUAGAGCCCAAAUUUCCUGUAACUUCAAUGCCGGCUGCAAAAGUGAGGCUGACCUCAUAUGGAUCCCCUCCUGAGCAGCUUUUGUCCUCCAUAUCUCCCAUGCGACCUAAAGUUUUGCCCUCUGUUAGUAGCAUUAGCAGUCCGGAUUUGGCAGCCGGAAACGUCUCUGAAAAAGUGCAACCAGGUCUUUCUCAGGACCAGUUUCCUGUACAAUCCUGGACACCUGUGCAGAGUAAAAAGAGAAAAAGUGAUGAGUUUUUGCGGGGUCACUCAGAAGAUAUGUCAAACGGCCAAGCGAAAAAGCGUCAUGUUCCGGCACAUGCGGCAGAGCUUAAGAAACCAAGCCAAGAAAGAACGUUCACUUCAAGGUCCACAUCUGGACAGCAACGAAAAGCUAUAGCUCCACCAAGCUCCAGAAAGUUCACAAAACCUCCAGCAAAGAAAUCCUUAUCAAAAACAACUCAAAAAGAUGGACAGUCUGUGAAGUCACUGAGCAGUUCGACCCGAAAGCCUGCGAGGAUAGUGGCUGUGGCGCAGGCCAGACUGACCUUCAUGAAGCCGGCACAGACGGCCAUACCAAGGCAUCCUAUGCCAUUUGCUGCAAAGAACAUGUUUUAUGAUGAGCGAUGGAUUGAAAAGCAGGAGCGAGGCUUUACCUGGUGGAUGAAUUAUGUUCUCACUCCUGAUGACUUCAAAGUUGCAACUGAAGUUACCAAAGUGAAUGCGUUGUCGUUGACUAUGGGGAAUGACAAAUUCAACAUACCCAAAGCACCAACAAAAGAAGAGUUGUCUUUUAGAACUUACACAGCCCGUCAACGGCUGAACCGCCUUCGGCGAGCAGCUUGCAAGCUAUUUACGUCAGACACCAUGGUGAAGGCCAUCCAGAGACUGGAGCUGGAAGUAGAAGCCAAGAGGCUCCUUGUGCGAAAGGACAGGCAUCUCUGGAAGGACAUAGGUGAGCGUCAGAAAGUUCUUAACUGGCUGAUAUCAUACAAUCCACUUUGGCUAAGAAUCGGACUUGAGACAAUCUAUGGAGAGCUAAUAUCACUUGAAAGCAACAGUGAUGUCAUGGGACUGGCCAUGUUUAUUCUUGGACGUCUGCUGUGGAACCCAGACAUAGCUGCUGAGUUCAGGCAUGCUAAAGUGCCCAAUUUGUACAAAGAUGGCCAUCAGGAGGCACUCUCCUGCUUCACUCUAAAGAAACUAAUACUGCUGGUCUGCUUUCUGGAUAAAGCCAAAGAGUCCAGACUGAUCGAACAUGAUCCUUGUCUGUUCUGCAUGGAUGCUGAAUUUAAGUCAAGCAAAGAUCUGCUACUGGCGUUCUCACGAGACUUCCUCAGUGGUGAAGGCAUUUUGUCACGGCACCUCAGCCACUUGGGCCUAGCAGUAUCCCAUGUUCAGACUCCUCUGGAUGAGUUCAACUUUGCUGUGAAGAAUCUUGCUGUUGACCUGAGAUGUGGCAUUCGUUUGGUGCGUGUCAUGGAGCUCUUUAUUCUGGACUGGACUUUAUCUAGAAAGCUGCGAAUACCUGCUAUUAGCCGCCUGCAGAAAGUGCACAAUGUUGAUGUUGCACUGCAGGUUCUGAAAGACAAAGGUGUUGACCUUAAAGAUGAGCAUGGAGCGAACAUAGACUCCAGAGACAUUGUGGAUGGACACAGGGAAAAGACCCUAAACCUCCUGUGGAAAAUCAUAUUUGCCUUCCAGGUUGAAGUGCUACUUGAUGAGAAUCAGCUCAAAGAGGAAAUCAGUUUCCUCAGGAAAACCUGGAGAACGAAACAGAAACUGGCUUCAAUAAUGGCUAACAAAGGUGUUACAGUGACAAGAAUGAAGGCGAGACAAGCAUUUGAACAUCCCAGCCAGAAGGUGACGCUGCUUCUCGACUGGGUCAAUGCUGUUUCUGAGUUCUACAAUUUAAAGGCUGAAAACUUCACGGUGUCAUUCUCAGAUGGUCGUAUCCUCUGCUACCUCAUUCAUCAUUACCAUCCUGCUCAUCUUCCUGCAGAGGAGAUACAACAGAGAACAACGCAGACCAUCGAAUGUGGCCAUCGUGGCAGACUGGAGCUCAAUAACUCCUCAAGUGACUCGGACUGCUCUUUUGAAAAUAUGUCCACAAUACAAACUGGUUCAGAAUCCCUGUCAGUGGACUACAGAGGGCUGCUUGAUAAUGAGAGAAGUAACUUUCAUUUAGUGAACACUGCCGUGUCAUAUCUUGGAGGGGUGCCUGCUAUGAUAAAUCCAGAGGAUAUGUCCAACACUAUUCCGAAUGAAAAGGUUGUCACAUGUUACCUCUCCUUCCUUUGUGCCCGUCUUUUGGAUCUCCGCAAUGAAACAAGAGCAGCCCGAGUCAUCCAGGGUGCAUGGCGGAGAUACAAGUUACAGAAGGACAUUGAGCUUAUUCAGCAAAAAAACCUGGCUGCCACUAAAAUCCAAGCCAUUGUGCGGAAGUUCAUCUUGAGAAGAAGAAUGAUACGACAGAAUAAGGCAGCCAUCAAGAUCCAAACAUUCUGGAGAGGAUACAGUGCACGGGAAAAAUUGAGAGUGCUGAAAAAAGAGAGAUAUUUUGCUCUUCAAAAUGCAGCUGCAACUGUAAUUCAGAAAACAUUCAAAGCUUGGAGGGUUCAAAGUCUCCUGAAGAAAAACCGUGCUGCCUGUGUUAUCCAAGCAGCUUUACGGAAAUGGCAUACAAAAAAAGUUCUGGAAAAAAACACUGCAGCCUUGCGUAUUCAAGCAUGGUACAGAAUGCAGCGUUGUAAAACCCAGUACCUGGAUAUGAAAAGGAAAGCAGUCUGUGUUCAAGCAUGGUUCCGAGGUCAUCUUCAAAGAUGCAAGUUUCAGGCUUUAAAGAAAAGACACAAUGCUUCAAUUGUCAUUCAGAGUGCAUUCAGGGCCUACCUUGUCAGACAACGGAUAUCUAAAAUGGAGCGAAAUGCAGUCUUGAUUCAGAGGUGGUUCCUAGCCUGCAUGCAAAGGAAAGCAGAUCAGAGGAGGUUUUUUGAGAUUAAAUCGGCAGUUCUGGCUCUACAAGCAGCUUUCCGUGGAUGGAAGGUCCGUAGAUCUGUGGCUCACCGCCACCAAGCUGCACUUCUGAUUCAAACUGCUUUCAGGCGGUUUAUGGCUCAAAGGCACUUUUUGUGUUUGAAAAGAUCAGCCAUUGUUCUGCAACAGAGAUACAGAGCUAAUGCUUUUGGAGAAAAGUUACGACAAGAGUAUAUGGCUCUUAAAUCCGCUUCAGUGACAGUUCAAGCAAUGUGGCGAGGACGAGCUGAGCGGAAGAAGAUCAGUCAACUCCACAGAUUUGCCACAAUCAUUCAGUCAAAUUAUCGUAGAUAUGCGGCACAGACACAGUUUUUGGAAAUGAAACGGUCUGUCAUAGUCAUUCAAAGAUGGUACAGAGCCUUCAGAGAUGGACAGAAAGUGUACUUGGAAUACACUGAAAUUAAAAGAGCAGCCAUUGUGCUACAGAGUGCUUAUCGUGGCAAGAGAGUAAGGCAAGAACUACAGAAGAAAAACAAAGCAGCAACUUUGAUUCAGUCUGUGAUAAGAGCACAUAGUUGCCGCCAGCAGUUUUUGGCUCAAAAACGGGCUGCUGUUGUCAUUCAGCAACGCCAUCGGGCUUUUGUACUUGGACGGUUGCAAAGAAGCCAUUAUGUCCAUUUGAGGCAGGUGACUAUAACUCUACAGGCCAUAUAUCGGGGGGCCAAAGUGAGGCAAAAUCUGAGACUAGAGCAUCAAGCCGCUACUAUAAUUCAAGCUCAAUUCCGAACGUAUAAAGUACGUAUUGCCUUUGUUGCUGCGAAGUGCGCAGCUAUCAUCAUACAGCAGCAAUACAGAGCCUACAAACUUGGCAAAAACAUUCAAGCUACUUACUUGCAAAUUAAAAAUGCUGCUGUAGUUAUUCAGUCAGCAUUCAGGGGAAUGAAAGUUCGCAACUACUUACGAAAAUCGCACCAAGCUGCAACAGUGAUUCAGGCACAUUUUCGUGGACAUUCCCAACUCAAAAAGUACCAGAGACAACAGUGGGCUGCAUCAGUUUUACAGCGGCGAUUCAGGGCAACGAGAACUAAAAAUGCUGUCAUGAUGCAAUAUGGAGCCAUAAAAACAGCUGCCUUAUGCAUCCAGUCAGCUUUCCGUGGAAUGAUGGUAAGAAAGGAGAUUGCAGAAAGGCACAAAUCUGCGAAAAUUAUCCAGAAGACGUAUAGAGCGUACAAGCAACGUCGUGAUUACCUUGCUCUCAGAUACGCCACCAUCUGUAUUCAGCAACAGUACAGAGCAAUUGUAAGCGCAAGGCAACAACGCAAAAGGUAUUGCUCCUUACGAGCAGCUGCCAUCACUUUGCAGUCUGUGUACCGAGGGAUGAGAGUAAGGAAAGAAAUUGAUAGAAAGCAUGAAGCGGCCACUGUGAUUCAGGCAAUGUACAAAAUGUACAGAACUAGAGUGCCAUUCCAAGCUAUGAAACUGGCUUCAUUGGUCAUACAGAGGCAAUACAGGUGCCAUUUACUGAGAAAAGAAGCAAGAGAGAACUUUUUAAAGCUGCGGCGUAGCGCAACCGCAAUUCAGGCUAUUUACAGAGGAAAUCGUGCACGCCGUGAUAUUGAUAGAAUGCAUUUUGCUGCCACAGUCAUUCAAAGGAAGUACCUUGCCUACAAACAAAGGAAGCACUUUUUGUCCAUCCGAGCAGCGGUAGAAUUCUGUCAACGACGCUAUCGAUCCGUUUUGAUAGCGAGAUGUGUACGAAGAGAUUAUUUUGCUAAACGCCAGGCUGUUGUUGCAAUCCAGGCAACUUUCAGGGGAAUGCAGGUCCGGCGACAGAUCCAGAGAGAGCAAGAAGCUGCAACAAUCAUUCAGUCCCAUGUGAGAAAGCACAUCUUCAAGUUGCGCUUCCAGCGACUUCGUUGGGCAGCCUGUACUGUUCAGCAACAUUUCAGAGCUAACAAAAUGAUGAGGCAAGAGAUGGCAGCACUACAGAAACAGAAGAAUGCUGCUUUGAUUCUGCAAGCAGCCUAUCGUGGUAUGAAGUCCAGACAGACUUUGAAGCAAAUGCAUCAAGCUGCCACCACUGUUCAGGCGACCUUCAGAGUUUAUAGUGCUCGUAAGAGGUAUUUAGCCAUGAAAUGCGCUGCCAUUGCCAUUCAGCAAAGGUAUCGUGCCGUAAAUGCAGCGAAACAGCAGAGAAAGUGCUUUCUUGAAAUGCGUCAAGGUGCAAUUGUUCUGCAAGCAUGUUAUAGAGGUCUUAAAGUUCGGAGGAAACUACUACUACAGCGUCAAGCAGCUGUCUUGAUUCAGUCUUAUUUUAGAAGGCACAAAGAAAUGGUUAAGUACCAGGCCAUGAGGCUGUCAGCUAUCAUUAUCCAGAGCUAUUUCAGAUCAUACAUCCAGGCUAGAGCAGAUCGGGAGAACUAUCUACGUUUGAGAAAGUCUGCUGUAGUCAUUCAAGCAGCUUUUCGAGGACACUCUUUCAGGAGACAUUUAGCAGAAAAACAAGCAGCGUCCAUCAUCAUACAGGCUGGCUUCCGCAUGUACCAGCAAAGGUCGGCUUUUAAGAGACAGCGAUGGGCAGCCAGGGUUCUCCAGCAGAGGUACAGAGCUUUGAAACUUCGAGACGAGCAUGUGAAUAGAUACCAGCAGGUGAGGAAUGCUACUGUAUGCCUGCAGAAGUCUUUCAGAGGGAUGAAGGGGAGAGAAUUGGCCAGACGGACCCAGGCUGCAAGAACCAUCCAGUCCUACCUCAGGAUGUCUGUUCAAAGACAGCAUUUCAUGAAAGCAAAGGCUGCAGCAAUUGUUAUUCAGUCUGCAUACAGAGGCCAUUGUGCCAGAGUUCAGCAUGCAAGGAUGCAAGCAAGCUCAACGCUCAUCCAGAAGUGGUACAGAUCACGUAAACUGGUCCAGAAAGAUCGGAAUGGCUUUGUUGCUCUUAGGCAAGCUACGCUUACCUUGCAAUCUGCCUUGCGAAGAAUGCUGGCAAGGAGGCUUACAAAAAGACGACAAGCUGCGAUCAAGAUUCAAUCUUUGGUGCGCAUGCACAUGCAUCGCAAGCACUACGUGACACUCCGCUCAAGUGUCCUGAAAUUGCAAGCUCAUUACAGAAUGUUUGUGGCCCAGAGAAGAUACCGCAGAUUGCAGGCUGCAGCAGUUAUACUCCAAAAGCAUUACAGAGCUCAUAGGGCAACAAUGGAACAGAGGUGCAGUUACCUGAAGACUCUCCAAAAUAUAAAGAUCCUUCAGGCCAGAGUACGUGGACACAUUGAGUACAGAAGAUUUCAGAGAUUGAGGGCGAGUGCCAUCAAAAUUCAGGCUCAUUAUCGAGGGAUGAUUAAGAGACGCAGGUUUCAGCAACUCAAGGAAUCUGUUUUGGUUAUACAGAAGCAUUACAGAAGUUUCCAUCUUUGCCAGAGAGAGCGUGCACAGUUUCUUCAGCUGCGCAAGUCUGCUGUUGUGAUACAAAAAGCAUUCCAGGCUUAUCAAACAAGACAACGUGCCUUGCAAACACAGGCUGCCCUGAAAAUUCAGUCCUGGUUCCGAGGAUGCCUAGCUAGACGAAACUACAUCUUGAAACGAGCUGCGAUUGCAACAAUUCGACAAUGUAUACAAGCAAGACGUCAACGUGCAAGAUUUCUAGCUGUACAGCACAGUGUCCAAGUCAUUCAAAAAAGAUGGAGGGAAACUCUGAUUGCCAGAGAACAGCGUGUUGACUUCCUGAGGUUUAGAAAAUCUGUGAUAUACAUCCAGGCGUUAUGGAGAGGUCAGAGAGUGAGAGAUUCCCUUAAAAAGCAAAUAACAGCUGCUGUGAGGAUACAAUCAGCUUUCAGAGGCUUUACCCAAAGACGACGGUAUCACCAACAGAGAGCUGCUGUCUUAAUUCUACAGCGGCGUUUCCGAGUCUUGCAGCUUGCCAGAGUCGAGGAAGAAAAUCUAAGACGACGACACAAUGCCGCUGUGUAUCUUCAAGCUUUGUGGCGUGGUUGGCUUGCAAGACAACGGGUAAAAGAAAUGGCUUGUGCUGCAAGACGCCAUCGUUUCACAGCUGCCGUUUACCAUCAUCUCUGCGCAGUAAGGAUUCAGAGAGCUGUGCGAGCGCACUGGGCUCUUGCAUCAGCCAAGAAGAAAAUCUCUUCGGUCCUAUACAUCCAGCAAUGUUUUAAGGCAAAGCUGCAGAGAAAGAGAUAUCUUAAAGACCGAGAAGACAUCAUCAAGACCCAGAGAGCAGUGAGAACUUGGUUACAUCGCCGCAACCAGGCUGCCGGUACUAUCCAGUGUGCAGUCAGGAUGCUCCUCCUCAGACGUAGCAAGGAAAAGCUUCAACGUGGAAUAAUGAAGGCACAGGCGCUCUGGAGGGGUCAUUGUUCAAGAAAACAUCAUGACACAAGCAAAGUCGUUUCCAUAAGGCGACGUCUCGGGGAAGUAAAUCGAAGGGUGAAGGAAGAGGACAAGCUGUGUAACAAGACUACAACAGCGUUGAGCUACCUGCUAGGAUUUCAGAAUUAUGCUUACAUUCUUGCGGCCUUGAAACAUUUAGAAACUGCCACCAGACUUUCACCAGAGUGCUGUGAACGUCUUGUUGAAAGUGGAGCGACUCACACCAUCUUCACUUUGAUGAGGAGCUGCAACCGAAGUGUUCCUUCAAUGGAGAUCAUCACAUUAUCCAUUCAAGUUCUUCUCAACCUAUCAAAAUACAACAGAACCAUUGAUGCAGUUUAUGAUGUGGACAACUCUGUAGAAACCCUCCUGGAUCUUCUGCUGAUCUACCGGGAGAAAGCUGGAGACAAGGUUGCAGCAAAAGGUGGCUGCAUCUUCACCAAAACUUGUUUUCUCUUGGUUCUCUUGGUCCAGGAUGAAAGAAGAGCAAUGGAGGUCCGAAUGCUUCCCAAAGUUUCGGAUCGCAUUCGUAGCAUCUGCCGACUCACACUUCGAAAGUGCAAAAUGGAUGCUGAGAGAAACAAAGUCAAACAGAAAAUGAACUCGUCUCUCAAUGGAAGUUUCUUCUUCCAAGCCACCCCACGGAAGUCAAAACCAGUGAGCAGGUUUGCUCCAGACUGGGUUCUACGGCGUGACAAAAUGAAGGACAUUGUGGAUCCUCUUUGUGCUAUUCAGAUGCUUGCUAACGCUCUGGCCCUUGUGCCUUGAAAAUAUUACAGCAAGAAAAAAAGUUAUAAACUUGUGUGCCGCCAAAGUGUUUCUUUGUUGCUCAAAAUAGUAAACCCUGUUGGCUUUGUAAAUAUUGUGGGAGGGUUUUGUGUAUAUAUUUUUAUUGCUCUGUUUUAUCUCUAAAUAUUGUGGAAUGAUGACUUCUCUUUGCACAUUUUAGGGUCUGUGCUGUAAGAUGGCACAUGUUAGCUUUGAGAUGCUGUAAAUAAAAGUUAAGUUCCGAAUUAAUAUCUUUUAAUGUGCUGUAUUUGAACAUUAAAAAUAAUUACAG